GAUGACAUCUCAUCAGCAGUUCUCUACGCGAUGGACAUCUUUACGGGUAAAGUGAUAAAUAAGUCGAAUCGAGUCGAUUUACGACGUAAGGUUUCGACGUAUUUGCCAACUCUUAUCGAUCGUCUUCUUUCGCUGACGACUGCUGGCCUUGAGAAUGGCAAAGUGAUGCAUCUUGUCGACCAUUAUCGGAAACAUAUCAAUUUAUUAAUACGUAUCUGCGUCACAACGAGUCGNUAUGAUCUAUUGUACAAUACGAUUUAUCCACGCCUGGAAAAAGAUCCUCUUUCGAGGACGAUAUUCUUUGAAUAUUUGGAUGAAAUUAUUUUAGAUGGAAUGCUCGACAAUCCACCGCCUUCACUGGUGUCAGAAUAUCUACAGAAUUUAAUUCUCGAAGGGAAUCUGAAUCAGUUUGAAGCGUCUGUGGUGCGCAUCCCAAUCGAUCGACAAGAUAUACACUAUGUGAUGACGACGUGUCGUGCGAAUCGACUUCAUGAUGGUAUCAUUUAUGUGUACAAUAAAGCGCUGUCUGAUUAUUUGAGUCCAUUGGAGGUUUGUCUUCAUUUGCUACUUUUCAUUUGA